UUUGAAUUGUGCAAUUUUGUUCCACCGAACCUUUUCUGGACUGCGCAAACUGGAAACAACACAGACGGUGGAAUUGUUCGCCGAAAAUAGGGCUAAACGUUUCAACCGUUUGGAAUUGAGUGAAGCUUGCAGCCAGUGAACCAGGGUGUUUGUGUGUGCUCUCCUCCUCUAAUGCUCCUACCAUAAUUAAUGGCAAUCUAGUCGGCCACCACUUCUCUUGGGGACCGUCUUCUCGCGACCGAGAAGAGCGAAAGAAACACACGGCAACGCAAAGGAGACACAAACCAUUAACCAGCUAGUGGGUAGUGAUCGUACGAAAAAGGAAACAGUGCAGUGUUGGAUAGUUUUUGUCGGUGACUGUGUUGCCCGCCGUGUCGUCAACCGGUGCAUUUGCAAGCCCGAAGAUCAUCUCAUCCUGCCUAAGUGCAAUAGCUCUGUACGCAAAUAAAGCGCAAAGGUUCAUCGCGCGAGUGCGCCAGAGGUCUACAAACACAGCCGGAGCCGUGCAUGUGCAGCGUCGGCCAGAGAAAGUACGCACGGCUGGACCCAGGGACGGAAACGACUAGAAAACGCGGGCGAGAAAGUGAAUUAUAUGCCCCGGCCCGACGGCUCCUGUCUCAUCGUUGGACGGUGGUAGAGGAAAGUGGGCGACUGAAGGAAGGAGCUCGACCCAUUGGUCCUUGGUCUGCCUGGGUUGCUAUCGGUAGUCCACGGUUUGAUAUCGAUUCAGUAAACAAGGCGCUCCCCAAGGAACCAUUAUAUCGCGCGCGCGAGGAAUAGACUUAGUAGCCAGCGUUGCCCGUAGCCCCAGCAAAGUAUGCCGUUCAUCUCGAAGGACUGGCGUUCGCCGGGCGACUCCUGGGUGAAGACGGACGAAGGCUGGGAAAAACUGAAGGUGCUCGAGUGCGUCAAGCGGAAAAGAUGCAUUUCGGAGUGCAGCAACUCUAGCGAUACCGAAAAUGAUAACGAAAAUGGUGACCAAGAGAUACCUCCGCACUGCCACAUCACGCUUAAGUGCACCCGCGAGAUUGCCGGGUUCAACGGGCUCGGCGAAGCCGUUCGGCGGCUGGACUUUCGCAGCUCGGUCCGCGAUGGUCGCCGGUUCAACUACGUUUGUGCGCUGCUGCGGCUGCUGGUGUCCGGGCGAGGGAUCACCAGUCUGCCCGGCGGUGCCCAGCGCCUGUUGCUGCAGAUGCUCGAGGAGGUGGCCACGUACGUAAGCGACUCGCAGCAGAACAUCAACGUGCUGCGGGGCCUGGUGCAGCAGCUGCGCGCGCUGCUCAACCAGGAGAACCAAAAGUGUUGGGGCAAACCGCUCGGCAGCCAAAGCUUGUGGGCCGAACACGUGCAAACCAUCCAGCGCAUACAGGACAUAGCUAGUCAGAUUGAAAUUCGGGAGCCCGGUCCUAACAUACGUCCUAAACUACACGACCUGCCGGAGGAGUGCGUGCGGGAGAUCAUCCUGCGGAUCACCGACUACAAGGACUUGGAGGCGUCCGCUUCCGCCUGGUCGCUGAUGGCGGCCCUCAUCUCCGAGCAGCGCGUCUGGCGCGAGCUGUCGCACUUUCACUUUACCAAACAGCAAAUCGAUGUGAUACUGGAGAAGAUGUGCUUACAGGACACGAAGGAGCGCCACCGGAACUGGCAGGCCAUUUACCAUGCCUUGCGAAAGAUGUAUGGCGUGCCAGAAGAGCUGCAGUUUGCUGAAAUUCUAGCCUUCUGUCGGCUGUGUCGCUGCCUGUUUUGGCCAUCCGCUGGCCACCCGUGCAUCGUGGACCAGUGCCCGGACUUCCGGCAGCGCGUCGAGGAGGCGGGCAACAGCAACAUCAUCGAAACGCAACCGGUUCCGCCGGCAAAAUUUCUGCAAUACUUUUCACUGUAAAGCCGCGGGACUCGGAGUGCACCGGCUAGGCUACUUUUCGUCCCAAUUCGUUGCUGUUCGUUACUGUGGCCGCCGUUUUCUGUGUGUUAGAUGCUGAUUAGCAGUGCAACGAUACAAACAUUGAGCCUGACGCCUCAAGCGGACCUUUGGCCGGUUGAUUUCCUUGUUUACGAAGCAACACCCAGAGUAGAAGGAAUUGGGGAGCGCAUGAUGCAAAACGAAUGUAUUGUUGACAGAGACAGCAGAAUUGGGAAAGUGUGGCGCAUAGCAUUGAUCAAUGUAAUCCCUCCCCCUUGAUAGUGGCAACACUAUAUCUGCGUAGAGCAUACAAUACUAGUAUUUAAACUAUCAAGAUAUGAGCAUGAUGCGAUGGGCAACAACCACACACAGGACUGUAGCAAAGUGAGAUUCCGAGCAACGCGAAGAACAGCGUUGAUAGAUCGAACGAUCGGGGCGGAAACAUGGAAACGCGGGCGGAAACCUCCAGCCGAAUCGGUUAAUACAUAGCUAUAUACAUUAUAUAUUCAUACAGAAAGAGAGAUAUUUUGAAGGCAUAAAAUCAGACACACCCACAAGUGCGCGCCAGCCAGCAUUCGAGCUGUAUUUUCAAAACAAUCGAUAUUUAAAUGUUUCGAAGGUGGUUGACGCAUCCCGCCCUGGUAGGCGGGAAACUAUUUACAGAACGUUGCUGCCACUCUGGAACUCUCGAACAGAAAUACCAACGGAAACUCAAACGAACGAACCGCAGCCAGAAAUAAUAUAAAACAGCUACAAUACCCAGGAUCGCGAGUCGCGGUAUUCACUAUUAUACCGCGGAAGACGGCGAAGGAUCUCCGGUGGAUUUGCAUCUCGCUAUCUCGCUUACCGACAGAGCUUUGUCGAAAAACGAAUUCAUCUUUACGGAUAACCGAAAACCGGAUGGCAAAGGUGUCGUUCGAGGACGGCGAGGCUUGUGUUGUGGACAAUACCCGAACCCGAACCGCUACAGGAACGAAAGACGCGGUUUUUCUGACUAAAACUAACGAGGUCGAGGUCGUGUUGAGCCGAUUUCUCUUUGCUCCAUCGAAGGCGAUUACAAGCGGUUUUGCGUUUCGUUGGACGUUAGGAUAUGAGAGAACUACAACUUAACCUUUUUCUCUGUCUAUUGUGAUAAACGUAGCGUUGUGUUUCAAUCUGUGUUCCGUACGUUCGUACGUUAUAGGAUCUUGAUGCGAUGAUAUUAGAGAGCGAUUCGGGAAAGCGUCGCCCCGUAGGAAGCGAGUUAAAGGACGUGGCCUCAAGGUGGAGCUGCGAGAGUAGAAUAAUGUGAUAAAGGUUAGCCCGCGGGAAAAUAAUUCGUAGCUGCGCGGUCUGAUGACGGGACAGAAAGGGCGGUAACGAACGACACCAACAAACCAACCAAAAAAAGAGAGAGUUUUUAAACGGCCAAACGGAACCGCUCGCACUAUUUCAUUAGAACGAUUUCUCUACGCUUUUGGACGGUUUUAAAUGCAAAUUUGUAACGAUAAAAGCAGCUCUAGUUUAUCGCGCCAUGUGUAGUGGAGUUGCUGGAUGACGGCGGACCUAAAGGCGGAAUAAACGAAUAUCGUACGGACUCUAGGUUCAGCUGGUCACCGCUACUUAUCCAGCGAUCAAUGGGUUGUGCAAUUAGGAACACAAACGACUCCCGGUGUUAUGGUGUUCGAUAAAGGAAAACUCAUUCAGCACUUAUGGCCUAUGUUACUCGUUUAGAGGAGGGUCCCCAUAUCGUCAUGCCCUAGAGCAGUGUUGGAUCUUACACGAUGAUUUCAUGUAGUAGACUUAGAUAAUUUAAACCAUUUCGAACAGAAUUCCUUCGGUGCUACGAGGCGCGGAUCGCUCGUGUUAGGUCGAACCGAUAUUAACGGUUUUGUUUGGUCGCGUGGUUCCGAUCGGUUUACGGUUGCGUUUGCUGAAGUAGCCCCUUCCCGCACACAGGCGAGUUUUUGGAGCGAAAACGUACGCGAUGCGCAGCGAUGGCACACAUUACAAAUAUCCUUCUCCAGUUCUCUCGACGGAGGGUUAAUCGUAAUUAAUUCAUAAAACAAAGAAAUGAAACAAGCAUCUUGUGAACAAGCGAACAUUUUCAGUAAA